GUGGUAGCGGCAUAGUACCAUGCUGGUACACUGUAAUAAUAAUAGAUUGAAAUAACAAUGGACUGGAUAGUUCUCGAUUACGACGUUCUCUGGAUAGAUGUUUAUCUAAAUAUGUCUAAAUGUCUGGGCAGUAUGGGCACCAGGGGCCGCUAAGGUAGUAAGGCGCACGAAAGUGGAACGAAAGUUCGAUGAGCCGAGCUUGGUCAAAGGAGGCAUUGGCUUGAUCCACCUUGAUCUUUAAUAUUUUAGUGACUACUGAUACUUCAUUUCAUUCUGUGUUGGCAGUACGAGAGGCGAACGUAUAUUUUGUUGUCGUUAGGCCAUCUGACCGUUGUGUUGACGCUCUAGAGCUUCGUUUCUCGAACGAAGCUAAUCGAUAGAUACAGCGGAGCUGCUCCUGAGCCUCCGCGCAUCCAAGCAGUCCGUGUUGGUGUGGUGUGUCUACAGAAGGGAGGCAGACAAGCCAGAGAUCAUGUCGCCUCUGAAGGUGCUUGUUUCAGCGACGUUCUUGUUUAGCUGCAGCUGCUUAGGUGCGAAACUUCAAGACCUCAGAAACCAGGUGCUGCAGACGACUGAAGUCUUUCAUUUUUAUAUUGAUAAAGGAAUGUUUGACGCAUCGAUAGAUAGCUAUGGGCAUACAGAAUUCAGAGCUGCCUUGUUAGGAAAACCGGACUUACCAAAGUGGAUGUUCCUACGGCAAACUGGCAAUUCAAAUAGGGCACUUUUGUACGGUUCGUAUCAAGACGAUGGAGAACUUAACAUUGAGGUAUUUGCUAUUAACAAGUACAACUACAAGACAUCUCUACGGGUAAUUAGUCUUCAAGUGGAAAAAAGGCCGAGGGAAGCACUUUACGAGGUAGAGAUGAAGUUCUUAAAUCUCAAUAUCGAGGACCUAUUCGAGGGUGACUGGUUAUCUGACUUGGAAGAAAUUUUUCGAGAUCACUUAUGGAAAGAAAGCCCCGUCAUUUAUGUGACAAAAGUGGCUUCGGUGGUGGACAUCGGUGGCAGGGUACCUGUAAAUCCUAAGGACAAAGAAGGGAUAGUGGUACGCAUUGGAGGGACGACCAACUUUUCCCAGGAGCUGCGCACGCUAGAAGUUGAGGCCAAUCAGCUGCGAAACAGGGUCUCUUGUCCACGUGACUACAAGCGAACCUCUGCUGAGUACCGUUUCCGAAGUAGGAGCUUUCUACCUGACUGGUGUGGAUUCCGUCUAAUAACGCUGCCUGAGCAACUGGAUGGUGAAGGAAUGAUGCAGCACCAAGAUGCUGCCUUCUCACCCAUCCCACUAGAAGAAGACAGCUAUAAUCCGCCCGACAUGGGACACCUGCCUCGAAGGGACUUGCUGGCAGACUUUCUGCUCUCUCUACUGCUGCCAGGAUUUGUUACAGCCAUGCUGCUCAGCACACUCACAUGCUUCAUGUGCUGCCAGCACGAGGAGGAAAUCCCAAGUGCGCAGGUGGAACAGCACAGCUCCAUUGAACGUGCCACCAACGCCCUGCGCCAAAUGGCCUCCAAGCGCAACCUCUCCUCAGCAGCCUCCUCUCGGGUCCAUUCUCGUGCUGGCAGCCCUCUCGAUGCUUCGCUUCCUCGGCCGUCUCGGCAAGGGACACUUAAGCUUCGGGCACUCCCUCCACCACCAUACUCUGCGGCUCAGAGCGAUGCCUAAUUCUGGAGACAAGUGUGGUAGGAACCUGAGACAACCUGAUUCACACUCACCUCCCAGCUAGUCUCCUUUAGCCAAAGCCAUUAGCACACUUUAGACAUUCAUCUUAGCUUCGACUGCACGUGCCUGUGUCUUUGGUACAAGUCCUUCAUUGUCUGUUGACACCUGGUGAGCUUCCAUGGCAAGAAAGAGAUGCAUAGG